AAAAAAAAAAAAGGAGGAGGAAAACAGCCAAUGAAAUUAAAAUAAAAUGAAGGAGGUGUUGAGGAGAUCGAGCGGUUAAUUUAAUUCCAAUUCCCCUUGCCACAUGGUAGCUUGAUGAACAAGUGUACCAAAGGUUAAAGAUCCAAACACCCUUGCAUCUUUGCCAGGUUUUAAGACAGAUUUGUGUGCAGCUGCUUGUUUUUCUAUGUGAAACGAUCUAAGUCAUGUCAAAGAUGAAGCAUCUACUGCGAAAGCUUCACAUCGGUGGUGGUUUCAACGACCACAACAACCGCUUGUCCGCCACCGACACGCCAUCUGAACCUCCAGCCACAACACAGUUCCACUCAUCGGCUUCCCCAUCUCCAUUACCUAGAAUCGGCGCCGUUGAUGCUUUAUCUGUUGAGAAUUUAAAUAUCAACAACUCAGAGUCCUCCGCUGUUGAUUUCAAUUUCUUCGAGGAGGAAUUCCAGAUGCAGCUUGCUCUGGCGAUUAGUGUGUCAUCAGGAUCCGCUGAGGCGCGGGAACCCGAUGCUGAAACUGCACAAAUUAAGGCCGCGGAGCAAAGAAGUAUGGGCUGUUCCCCUUCGGAAUCUCUCGUUGAAUUUCUCUCGCUUCGAUAUUGGAGUAAUAAUGUUGUAAACUAUGAUGAGAAAGUGAUGGAUGGUUUUUACGAUGUAUAUGGGAUUACUUCAAAUUCAGUCACACAAGGGAAGAUGCCCUCAUUAGUGGAACUUCAAGCCAAAACAGUAUACGAUGAUGUUGAUUAUGAAGUAAUUCUAGUGGACAGAUCAACUGAUAAGAAACUGCAGCAGCUUGAGGAAAGAGUAUUAAAUAUAUCACUUGAAUGUCAUGCUUUGGGGAUGAACCAGAUUAUAAGCAGGCUGAUCCAGAAAAUUGGGAAUAUUGUUGUUGCACAAAUGGGUGGUCCUGUUACUGAUGCAGAUGAAAUGUUGAGAAGAUGGACUACUGCAAGUUAUGAAUUACGGAACACUCUGAAGACUGUCAUACUUCCCCUUGGUUGUAUUGAUUGUGGACUUUCACGUCACAGGGCCUUGCUCUUUAAGGUACUUGCUGAUAAGAUCAACCUUCCAUGUAGUCUGGUAAAAGGGAGCUACUAUACUGGCACCGAUGAUGGAGCUGUGAACUUGAUUAAGAUUGAUAAUGGGAGCGAGUACAUUAUUGAUCUAAUGGGUGCUCCAGGCACCCUAAUCCCUGUGGAGGUGCCAAGUUGUAAUGUUGAAGUAGUAGAUAUCAGGGGUGGUGCAGGAGGGUAUACAUUGGAUAUAAGCUCUGAAAAUGGUUUUGCCAAAGUUGUCCCAUCAGAUUCACAAUUGAACACUAGAAGUGGGAGUGCUGUAGAGAGGAAGCAAACCAAGAGAUUUGAGAGUGAUUUUGGUAAGUUACUUCCGGCUCUUGGCAGGUCAAAUGAAGGCCGGGUAGGUGGUGGUGGUGGUGGAGGUGGUGGUUCACCCGCCCAAAAGUUGCAGCUUAGUGAUGUCUCCAAAUGUGUGAUAACUGCUGCAAAAAAUCCAGAUUUUGCUCAAAAACUCCAUGCGGUGUUGUUAAAGAGUGGUGGGCCAUCUACAGAAUCACUUUUAAAUCUAAGUAAUAAGGGAGUGGGAGAGACAAAUGUGCGUGGGGCCUUUCAUUUGUUGGAUGCUGAUCUUGAUCUUAUUUCCUUUACUGACAUUGCCAAUGUAAAUGUUAAUGGGUUACCUUCUCAAGAAACAAGUGCUUGUGGUGGGACUACUACUGAAGAUGUCAUCAAUGAUUAUGCAGUUGUAAAGCCUGUAGAAAGACGAUAUGCAGAUAAUACCAAAAACAGAAUAAAUUUAGACAUGAAGUUGGUGGAAACAUCUUGCUCCAAAUCCAAUCAGAGAGAAAGGGAAAUUCGCAUUGAUGAGGAGUGGGAAAUCCCAUGGGAAGAUAUUCAGAUUGGAGGGCGCAUUGGUAUCGGUUCUUUUGGAGAGGUUUACCGUUCAGAAUGGAAUGGAACUGAGGUGGCUGUGAAGAAGUUUAUGAACCAAGAUCUCUCAGGCGAUGCUCUCACUCAAUUUAAAGGGGAAGUUGAGAUCAUGUUAAGGUUGAGACAUCCUAAUGUUGUACUUUUCAUGGGAGCAGUCACUCGUCCACCAAAUCUCUCCAUACUUACAGAAUUUCUACCAAGGGGUAGUUUAUUUAAAUUAUUGCAUCGUUCGAGUAUCCAAGUAGAUGAAAAGAGGCGAAUGCGUAUGGCUCUUGAUGUGGCCAAGGGGAUGAACUAUUUGCACACUAGCAAUCCAGUUAUUGUGCAUCGGGAUCUCAAGACACCAAAUCUCCUUGUUGAUAAAAAUUGGGUUGUUAAGGUAUGUGAUUUUGGGAUGUCACGCAUGAAACACAAUACCUUUUUGUCUUCAAAAUCUACUGCUGGAACUCCGGAAUGGAUGGCACCAGAAGUGUUGAGGAACGAACCUUCGAAUGAAAAGUGUGAUGUAUAUAGCUUUGGUGUAAUUUUAUGGGAGUUAGCAACUUUACGCAUACCAUGGACAGAGAUGAACUCAAUGCAGGUUGUUGGUGCUGUUGGUUUUCAGUUCAGACAUCUCGACAUUCCACAGCAUAUUCAUCCUACACUUGCAUGCUUAAUAAGCGAUUGUUGGCAUCUGGACCCACAGUUGCGGCCAUCUUUCAAAGAGAUCAUUUCCCGACUUAGACAACUCGCAAAUGACACAACAAAAACCACAACACUUCAAUAACACACUAUUGUAGUCGGGGAUCCAAACACACAAUAUUGAUUCUUGUACAUUGAAAAAAAAAAAAAAAAGAAACA